AUGAAUAAUCCUGAAGAUCUUACUAAUAUUGUAAUUGCAGAUUUCGGUUUAGCCACAUUUGAUUAAAGUAUUUGUAAAGAUUAUAUUUAUGUCCAUUGCGGGACUCCUGGAUAUAUUGCUCCUGAAGUAUUAUAUUAUAAAGAAGACUAACUGGAUAAUAACCUUUUAAAGGGUAAAAUAAUGGUAAAAAUAUAACUUAAUAAAAAAUGUGAAAUAAACUUUGAAAUUCUUGAAAGAACCGAGAUUUCGGAAGAAAACGUAAAUUUAAUCAGAGUAAUGCUCUCUAAAAAUCCUUUACAUAGACCUUCAGCUUUAGAAUGUUUAAAUCACUCUUUUUUAAAUAAGAAUUAUAUAUGGAUUUAUCUUUGA